CUUCAUCAGUCUUCGUUUUCGUCGCACAACAGCUGUGCAUAAUCAAGUAAUCUUUUUAUACGAAAAUUUGAGUGAGUAAAUGGAAGAAAACUACUAAAGUUUUAUGGUUAAAGUUUAAUUUGCGUCAACAUGGAAGACGAUAUACUAAACGAAACAGUUUCAUCGGAAGAUCUCAAAAAAUUCGAGAGAGCUUAUCAUACGGAGUUGACAGAAGCCCGAGUAACCCGAGAAACUCAGUUCAAUUAUGCUUGGUGUUUAGUACGAAGUCGUUACUCUGCUGAUAUUCGAAAAGGUAUCAUGUUAUUGGAAGAAUUAUUCAAAACCGAAGAAAGCGGAGAUGAUAGUGCUAAACGAGAUUAUUUAUAUUACUUGGCGAUGGGAAACGCUAGAAUUAAGGAGUAUUCUACAGCUUUACAAUACACACGAUCUUUUCUUCAAGUAGAGCCCGGUAACCAGCAAGUUGCAACCUUGGAAGCGUUAAUUAAAAAGAAAAUGGAAAUAGAGGGGCUGAAAGGUAUGGCUCUUGCUGGAGGUGUUGCCAUUGCUAUUGGAGGCAUUCUUGGAUUGGGAUUUGCUCUAGCCAAAGGCAAACGUUGAUACUCCUUCUUCGUCACUACUUCCUAUUUCAUAUUCCAUUUCGUCUUUGUACAUUUUAUAUUUUAGGAGUUAUAUAUUUUUUUGUUUUAUUUAAAAUUUGUUUUUGCUUCCUGUGUGAACUGUGAACAUAUUCUUUUUCUGGAAAUUGAGAACUUUUGAGAAGUAUUCAAUUAGGUAUUUUAAAAUAAAUACACGUAUUUUGAAUUUUA